AUGUCCGUCACGUCUGAGAAACCGACAGUCAUGCAGCAGCCGUCGGCAACGGCGCCCAUGACGUUCACCAACAACGCUCCUCCCGCUGCGAACGCUGCACCGGCGGGUCAGCCGCGCGACUGGUCGACGGGCGUGUGCGGCUGCCUCGACGGAGACUUUGGCGGGUUCUGCUUGUCUUGCUGGUGCCCAUGCAUCGUCUACUCGCAAUACAAGUCGCGCCUCGACCACCUCAAGGCGACUGGCAGGGCGAUGCCGCCCGAGCAAGUCGAAACGUUCGGCACGCCCGGCGUCCUCUGGCUCGCACUCAACUGCUGCGCCGGAUUCGCCUGGAUCCUCGACUUCAUGGCUCGCGACGAGAUCCGCAAGCGCUACAACAUCCGCGGCGACGGCAUAACCGACUGCCUCACGUCGUGCUGCUGCUUGCCGUGCGCGCAGAGGCAGCACCACCGCGAGCUGCUUGUCGAGGAGCAGCACCAGUGGGGCGCGGACACGAACGGAAUGCAGCAGCACGCCCCGACGCUCGACCAGCACUAUCCGGCUACGCAGGAGCCUGCGCAGCAGCCGCAUUACACCACGCACCCGCCGCCUUCGACCAACUGA